AUGGGUUCUGAUACCACUACUGGUACUUCUACUCAACAAGUAGUAACAAAUAUCAUUGCUAAUGGCGUGAUAUUUUUAGUAUUUUUAAGCGGAUUUCUGCUUUUAAGACUGAAAUUAAAAAGAAUUUAUGAACCUAAAUCUAGUUACAACCUAAUUAAUGACGAAAAAAAGCCAGAACCUUUACCCAAUGGUCUCUUUCAAUGGCUAUUGCCAUUACUAAAAAAAUCGGACAAUUUUAUCAUCCAACAAGCCGGUUUAGAUGGGUAUUUCUUUAUUAGAUACCUUUUUAUCAUUUCUAUGUACUGUGGGGUUUCAAUGAUUUAUAUUUUCCCUAUUUUAUUUCCCAUUAAUGCCGCCAAUGGUAAGGGUGAAACAGGGUUGGAUCAAUUGGGCUAUUCCAAUGUUAAGCAUGACAAAAGAUAUUAUGCUCAUGUUUUUAUUGGAUGGUGUUUCUUUUGGGGGUUUUUAUUUGUUAUUUACAGAGAAUUGGUGUACUACACUUCCAUUAGACAGGCUGUUUUGGCUUCUCCCCGUUACGCUAAAAAAUUAAGUAGUAAAACCGUUUUAUUUCAAACUGUGCCUAAUCAGUAUUUAGAUGAAAAUGAAUUUUCCAAGCUAUUUGAUGGUGUUAAGAAAGUUUGGAUUUGUAGAGCUGAUCCUGAGUUGGAAAAAUUAGUUAAACAAAGAGAUGACUUAGUUACGAAAUUAGAAAACACACAAACAAAAUACAUAAAGAGUGCUUUGAAAAAAGUUAAGAAAAUAUUGAAAAAAGAUCCAAAUGCAGAGAUCAGCAGUGAUAUCACAGAAUAUGUGAAGCAAAGACCCACUUACAAAGCAAGAUUUUUGAUUGGUAAAAAAUAUGAUACUAUAGAUUAUAUUAAACAAGCCUUGCCAGAAUUAAAUAAAAAGAUUGAAGUAAUGCAAGCUCAACAUAACGAGGCCAAGGCAUGGAACUCUGUCUUUGUUUUAUUUGUGUCUCAAUAUCAGGCUCAAUUAGCUUACCAGGCUGUUACCCAUCAUCAACCUUUACAUAUGUCACCAGCUUAUUAUGGAUUGGAACCGGCAGACAUUGUUUGGUUUAAUAUGAGGAUGAUUUGGUGGGAAAGAUUAGUUAGAACAUUUGGAGCUAUUGCUGCUAUUGUUGUUAUGAUUAUUUUUUGGUCUCUACCUGUGGCAUUUGUUGGUAUGAUUUCUAACAUUACAUAUUUGACAGACAAACUACAUUGGUUGAAAUUUAUCUACAAGUUACCUGAUCAGCUAUUGGGUUUGUUGACAUCUUUAGCACCUACUGUUGCGUUGUCUGUGUUGAUGAGUCUUUUGCCAGUUUAUAUUAGAAAAAUGGCAGUUAUUUCUGGUUCACCAACUAUGCAAUACAUUGAAUAUUUUACUCAACAGUCAUAUUUUGGGUUUCAAGUUAUCCAAGUGUUCUUAAUUACUACAUUGACGUCAUCUGCAAGUUCGACAGUUACUCAGAUUGUAGAAAAACCUACAUCUGCAAUGUCAUUAUUGGCUGAAAAUUUACCUAAAUCCAGUAAUUUUUAUGUUGCUUACAUUAUUUUGCAAGGGUUUUCCAUAUCCAGUGGUGCUUUGUUACAAUUAGCUCCAUUGAUUUUUUUUUAUGUUUUAGGUUCUCUAUUAGACUCUACACCAAGAAAGAAAUGGAAUAGGUUUAACACGUUAAGCUCGAUGUCAUGGGGAACGACUUUCCCAGUGUAUACCAAUAUUGCGGUUAUUAUCUUUUCGUAUUCUAUUAUUUCCCCAAUUAUAUUACUUUUUGGGUGUGUAGGGUUUUUCCUAUUGUAUAUUGCCUAUUUGUACAACUUGACUUUUGUUUUCAAAGAAGCUCCAGACGGCCGUGGUAUGUACUAUCCAAGGGCACUAUUUCAAACAAUGGUUGGACUAUACAUCGGACAAGUUUGUUUACUGGGGUUAUAUGCUGUAGGAAGAGGUUGGGGUCCAAUUGUUUUACAAGUUGUUUGUCUAUGUAUCACUGUUUUUGUCCACAUUAAUCUGAAUCAUGCAUUUGAUAAAUUAAUGACUGUGAUUCCUAUUGACACUAUGAAACCGUUGGAUGGUACAUCAGAUACCCCAUCUUUUUCCAAUAUUUAUUGCAAAAAUAAAGGUAAAAAAAGUGAUGUUCAGGAAUUACCAAAAUUUGAAAUUAGAAAAUAUAAACCGGAGAAUGUCAAUAAUAACCCAUCUAAGAUGAACAACGGUAGUUUUAUUAGUACCAAUACUUUUGAGAUUCCCCAGAACUAUGAUGAGGACAAUGAAAACAAUAUCUUAACAGCACCAUUGUUAGCAGAUGGUGACACUGCGCCAAUACCUCCAGCUAGUUGGUGGAAAAGAUUCUUAUUACCUCACAUUUAUAUGUCGUACAAAAUGGCGAAAUUCAAAUUACCUGAAAUCUACAGUUUACCUGAUCCAAAUGAGUUCACUGAAGAAGACCAAAUUGAACAUGCGUACGAUAUUCCAGCGGUUAGUGCUAAAUGUCCAUCUGUAUGGAUUCCUAAAGAUCCCUAUGGCUUUUCCACUAUGCUGAUUAAUGAAGUUAGUGCCGUCGUUAAUAUUAGUGAUAAAGGAGCCUUGAUUAAUGAGAAAGGACAAAUUACAUGGAGCCAAAAUCCACCAAAUGAAGACGGAGUACAGGAUGAAAACGAGGAAAAAGGAAUAAAUGAUGGAGGCGACAGUACGGAUGAAUUAGAAUAUGGUCAAAUAAAGUUUGAAGAUACAGGUGCCCUUGAUGUUAAUUAUAAUGAUGUUGGAAGGAAUCCUGAUGUUGAAAGAAAUCCUAAUGAUGAUAAAAAUCCAUUUAGAGAUUAA